AAGGGGGCCCAAUGUAGACAAAGCAGGAUCUCCAUUCAGCAUGGGGCCGGCUCCUCAUUCUGCCUCCUCCUGGCUGGGGGGUACCUCUGAACCCACACAGUUCUCCAAAAUGGGGGUGGCGACAGCAACAAGCGUGGGCAGCGGCUCUCAGCUGGGGGGACUGUUCCCCCCAGGCAACCUUGGGCAAUAGCAGGAGACAUUUUUCAGUUAUCACAAGGAGGGAAGGGAAAUGCUACUGGCAUCUAGUGGGGAGAGGCCAGGGAUGGCGCUCGACAUCCAAUACUGCACAGGACCACACCCCCCACCCUCAUGCCAGCACAAAGAAUGAUCCAGCCCCAAAGGGCAAUACUGCCGAGGCUGGAAAAUGUGGCAUGUGAAAUCUGGGCACAUAAUAGGUCUCCAGGAUCCUAAAAGAACUGAUGGGAGCGGGGGUGGGGGGUGCGGGAGUCACACCUCUGGCUGCCCCCACCUCUGUCUUUCCCUUAUCUGCCCAGCAGGUGGCGACUGCAUCCCAGAUUAAGGGGUUAAAACCAACUGCUUCCGUGAGCACCGGAGGGAAGCAGCCUUGAGGCUUGAACGGUCACUAGCAGGCAAUAUCCUCAGUGAUGAAUGUAAUAAAGUAACACUGUGUUGAGUAUUUUGGAACUCUAGUGGCUCAAGAAGAGAGAAGCUUCUCUGUAUUUACAGAUGAGGAGAUACGACUCUGAACUUCAUUAACAAGGUCACAAAGGCCCACCUCUUUCCAGAGUCCAGCUGUCACCCACAUCUCCAGGGAUACCGGCAGACUGGGUCUUAUGCUGACUGGGGGAUUUUAGCCAAAAAUAAACCACAACAAAAGAAAACCCUCAGUUUAACAUUUCACUCCUUGGCUCUCUCAUGAUGUUGUUCAUUCAGUAAUCAUUAACUGCAGGUUCUCAACUCUCUGAAAGUAGAGCAUUCGCAUGAAACCUUUCCUAAGCCGAAAUGGCAUAUGUUGAAGCAGUUAACUUAGGACACCCCUUGCUCACAGAUGCCCGAAAUCAAUGGAGAUCAAGCACAGCUGCUCAUGGACACAGUUCAAAGCUGUGGCCCUUGAUGCUGAGACGCUGGAUGUAGUUCCCAAGGAAGGAGCUUGGUGGCGCCACUCACCUCUAUGACAUCUGGGCAAAAUGAACACAAAUGAUUUUUGCUUUUUGCCUUUUUUUGUAAAAGCACUACUAGUGUAGGUCUUCAUGAAAGCAAAACGACUUAAAGCAAACUUUCAAAAAGCCGGGAGAUUCUGUAGUAGCAGGUAAAAUUAUGCUUUGUUAGACACACACUCAAAAUGCAUGGGCCUAGGUUUUUAAUCAUAAAUUAGGUGACAAUCAUGAUCACCUUCAUUUCUAUUGAGGCUCAGAGCUGGGCUCUGCAGGCCAGCCCUCUUCCUCUCUGCUGUGUGAUCCUGGGUAAGUGACUUUAUCUCUGAAUUGUUUCCCCCUCUUGAAAGUGGGGAUCAUAAUUCCACUCCUAAAGAGAGCAGCAAGAGGACUAAACAUACCGCUUGUGAAGCUGGCCCAGUGCUGUGCACACAGUAGGUCUUCAACAAAUGGUUACCAUUAUCCAGAUAUGCCUUCGACACGAAGAAAAUCAAUCUUUGUUGGGUCUGUUACAGCAUCUCGUGGAAAUGUUGGGAUGGAUUUACACCCAAUGUAAAGGGUAUGUUCAUCUGACUUAAAAGGCCACAUGGCACGUGGGAAAAUUGAGAGAUUCCGGGCCCUCUCACCUUAAGAACUAGAGCCAUUGCAAGGAUGUCAUGCACCCCAAUAAGGAAGACAGUGGCUCUGAGAAGACAAAAAGGAAGUUGGGGAGCACUGGGGGCCUUUCCUGCCCGAUGCUCCCCUCCUGGUGCUGUCAGGCUUCCCACAAAGCUGAUGUCCCUCUGCCCCCAGGAAGUCAUCAGAAGCCAUGGUUGAGGACACAGAGGCACGGGGGCCUCCCCAGGCCUGCUAUUGGGAUGAAGCGGUCCGGACAGAAUCGGGUGGACAGGGCGCUGCCUCAGCAAGCUGGGAUGUGCUGGGCUGUCAGAAAGUGCCCAUAAAUAGGACACUCCUUGCAGCAGCAGGCCGAGUCUGCAGACGGCGCCGGCCCCUCUGUUCUUCCCAAGGCGACUGCAACAGCUACAGGUGCUCCCAGGAAGAUGGCAGAGCAGCAUGGCACACCCGAGCAGGCUGCAGCCGGCAAGAGCCAUGGAGGCCUCGGGGGCGGCUACAAGGUGAUCGUGUACGAAAUGGAGAACUUCCAAGGCAAGCGGUGUGAGCUCUCAGCCGAGUGCCCCAACCUGACGGAAAGUCUGCUGGAGAAGGUGGGCUCCAUCCAAGUGGAGUCAGGGCCGUGGCUGGCGUUUGAGCGCCGAGCCUUCCGAGGGGAGCAGUUUGUCCUGGAGAAGGGGGAUUAUCCUCGCUGGGACGCCUGGUCCAACAGCCACCACAGUGACAGUCUCCUGUCCCUCCGGCCUCUGCACAUUGAUGGUCCGGACCACAAGCUGCAUCUGUUUGAGAACCCAGCUUUUGGGGGCCGCAAGAUGGAGAUAGUGGACGAUGACGUGCCCAGCCUCUGGGCUCAUGGUUUCCAGGACCGUGUGGCGAGCAUCCGGGCUAUCAAUGGAACGUGGGUUGGCUACGAGUUCCCUGGCUACCGCGGGCGCCAGUACGUGUUCGAGAGGGGCGAGUACCGCCACUGGAACGAGUGGGACGCCAACCAGCCACAGCUGCAGUCGGUGCGCCGCAUCCGCGACCAGAAGUGGCACAAGCGGGGCUGCUUCCUCAGCAGCUGAAGGGCGCACAGGCCCCAGUGGCCCAGGCUCGCCCUGGGGGGCAGCAAGGGCAAGAAGAGGAGGCUCCAGGGCCAGGGUGAGGGCCUGCCUGUCCCUCCUUCCCCAGAAUCUGCUCAAUAAAGCCUGGGGCCGGUCCCCCACCUGCCA